UGACAAUACACGAUUUUGAGGUUACUUAAAUAUCUGGAUUAUUGUGUGCACAAUUCUGGUUUAUUUUGAUAUUAUGAAAUGUUUUUUUAUUUACGAAAUACUGCUAUGUUGUAUGGUGUAGAAAUUUUUUCUGCUACUUGAACAGAUAACUGUUAUUAAGAAGAUGUUUUCUGUAACGUGUGAUGACGUAUAAAAUAUUUGUUAUGAUAUUAUAUUCCUUUGUGUGAUAAAAUACAUAUAUUUAUAUAAACAGACACAAAAAUGGCACUCGUCAACAUUGAAGGCAUCGAUCCUUGGCUCAUGGAAUAUGAUGCAUGUGAGAAAUUGUUCCGUGAAAUUAUGGAACAACUCACUAUGCGCGAUGGAGAACUAAAGACAUCGAAAACUUAUGCUAGCUUAUCAGCCAAUAUAAGGUUACGUAUGAAGCAGUAUACAAGAGAAGUCCAACAAUUAAAGAGCAAAGUGGAUGAAGCUUCUAAAUCAAGAACAAUAACGUUUGAAGAAGCUGAGCGAAGAACAAGGCAAGUGGAACAGUUGCAAAGUAAGGAUAUUCAGUUACAAAAAUUGUAUGAUCCACGUACAACUGAUUAUGCAUCAUCGCGUGCUAAUCUAUUAAGAGCAAGCUCAUCAGUUUUUGCCGAUGGUGGUACAACUUCUUGGGCUGCUGACGAUGAUGACGAGAGACCGUUGGAUGUACAAGUGUCUGUUACUGAUCUUAUGAGUCAUCAAGAACGUGUAUUAAAGGAACAAGACAAAGGUUUAGAUGAACUAUGUAAAGUGAUAGCUCGCCAAAAAGAAAUUGGGCAAACUAUUAGCAGUGAAGUGAAUCACCAAAAUGAAAUAAUUGAUGAUUUGGCUGAUCAUAUGGACAGAACUGAUGAAUCUUUGAUCAACAAAACUCAACAAGUCCGUAAUAUACAUUCCAAAGAUCGUACAUGUGCUUAUUGGGUGGUGAUAGUUUUACUUUUUAUCGCUAUUGUUGCUGUUGCUUUAGUUUAAAUUAGUUUAUAAUCGAAUGGAUUAUUUCAAUUCUGUUAAAUUAUAUGUAUAUCUAAAAUGCUUUAAUUAGAGAGGUUGCGCAAUUUAUAAAUAAAAAAUGUAACAUUAACUUUAAAAUAACGACAUCUUUCUUAA